AUGUAUGGUACUAACAUGGAUAAUAUAAAUAUUUCAUCUCAACUCAUCGAUACAAUGAUUACUUUGGAUAUGGUUACAAAAUCUCAUCAGCAACCACCUAAAUUCGAUUGGUCAGUUGAUUUAAUGGAUUCAAUUUGGUACCAUAUUAGUAGUUAUUUAACAAUAAACGAUAUCCAUCGUUUAACUCGUACGUGUUCUAGUUUAUAUACAAUUUUUGCUAGUCAUGAUUUUUGGUCCUAUCUUAUUCGUAGACAAUUCGGCCAUGCAAUAUGGCAGCGUUCGAUAAAAAAUUCUCUAUUAUUACCUAACGAUCAGAAAAUCGUAGGUUUACCGAGAAGAAAUCCAUGCCAUUCGAAAUUAAUCUAUUUUGAACUAUUGAAACGUAAACGUAUAUCAUUUGCGGAUUUUAAUCAUUUUACUUUUGAUACGAAUCGAAAUUAUACAACAAUUGUUGAGCCUUCUAGUCUAAAUGGUUAUGUACUUUAUAUAAAAGAUUCGAUUGAAACUUGCUAUUCACUUCAUAUUGAAACAAUGUUUGAAAAUAUCCUACCGGGCAAUUAUGAUGUUAUUUGGCGUAUGAAACUCAAUACUCCAUAUAUGUUUGGUGAAACAGAAUUUUUCGCUAGUGCUGAACAAGUCAAUCCUGGCAAAACAGCAUACAUGCGAUGGACACAAGAUGAUUUUCUAUCGAUGUAUAGCUGUUUUUAUUGUGAUAUAGCAAAAACAAAUCUUUGGUUCUAUCAAACAAUUGGUACUGUAGAAAUCAAUGGAAAUAAACCAUGUAAUGUAUUUAUAUCAAUGACUAAUCAUGAUUCGAUACAUGCAAAACAUGGAGUUUAUUUAGAUUAUGUAGAAUUAAAACUUCGCUUGGAAUAG